CUCGCCGCGCUCCAUGCUCGCCGCCUCGCCGGAUGGGAGGAAGAUAGGCGGGGUUCUAGUGGUGCUACUCCGGCGGUAGGUGGGGCAGCUGCCCCACCGUGCCGCAUGGGAGCUCCGCCUCUGCCGUGGACCGUGGAUCCGCUGCACCAAAUCGUCUUCCCCCUCCUUCAUGUACAUGAAUCAGGAACAGAUCAGGGUCAUCGAUCUCAAUUCACACCAUCCCUCCACCACCCAGCUCACGGCGGCAACCUGCACCACGGGCAGAGCACAUGGCUCCCCCUGCUGCUGCCCCAAACGGCGCCUGUCCUCGUCGCCUCUGCCCUCCACGCCCCUCCCGGCCUCCCCGCUGCCCCAGCCCGAGAGCAUGGCUCCUCGAUCGAAGAUGACGGCAGCGCAGCAGGCGUCUCCUCCGCCGUCGGUGCCGGAAUUACAGGCUGCUCCAGGUUCAAUUGCUGCUACCCUGACAUGGUUGUCAGUGCCUCCUGCUUUUAUACUUAGCUGUUCUCCUCCUAUGGUCCAUAGAUCAGAUCUGAACUCAACUGACGAUGCAAUCCGAAUUACCUUCAACGUUCGGUCCAGAGUUUUUGCGCCCCCCCCCCUCAGUUCAAGAAACAGAGGCAUACUACAAUUCAAUAAGUCUCGAGGUUUUUCUGGCAUGCUAGGAAGUAUUGAUUGUAUGCAUUGGGCGUGGAAAAAUUAUUCUAUUGCAUGGAGAGGACAAUACACUCGUGGUGACAAGGGUGCUCCUACAAUGAUUCUUGAGGUUGUGGCUACACAUGAUCUUCGGGUAUGGCAUGGUUAUUUUAGCAUUGUUGGGGCUAACAAUGACAUCAACGUAUUAAACCACUCACCUUUGUUCAUACAAGCACUGAAGGGUGAAGCGCCUCAAGUGCACUUCUCUGUCAAUGGGACACAAUAUAAUAAUGGUUACUAUCUUGCUGAUGGAAUUUAUCUAGAGUGGAGUGACUUUGUUAUAACGGUGUCUCAAAAUGAAAAAGACAAGUUGUUUGCACAAGUGCAAAAAAGGAUAUUGAAUGUGCAUUCGGAGUAUUGCAAUCUUGAUUUAAUAUUGUUGAUGUCCGGCACGUAA